AUGCCUCCACGCCCCACCCAUCGCCGCGACGAUUCGGAAGACGAAGGGCCCCGCGGCAUGUCCGCCCAGGACCUGGCGAGCGCUGCAGCACACGUUGUUCGCCUGGCGCUGUUUCAUGAACACCGGCGGCAGCCUCUGCGUCGGGACAUGAUUUCCAAGCUGGUCCUGCCAAACGCCCAGCGCCAGUUCCAUGUGGUCUUUGAACGCGCACAGAGCCUACUCCGCUCUACGUUUGGGAUGGAGAUGCACGAGCUGCGCGCUAAGCAGCGCGGCGACGAAGCUCUAAUGCAGGAAACACAGGCCACACAAGCCCAGACUCAGCAGACGCAGCGGAAGAAGCGCCUACGCCCAGUGCAGGAGGAGGGGGACGAGGAGGAUGAUGAAGAGGAGGAGGCUGAGGGAAGUACGAGUACCCAACGGCAGAAAGAGAAGAAGGUCGCCGGCACGCGGUCGUACAUCCUCCGCUCCGUGCUUCCUGGCCCACUGAUCGCCGAGAUGAACCGCCCUGCACCAUUACCCUCCUUUGAGGGUGAUAGAGGCAACGCCAAUGCCGUGGCCGACAGCGAGAGUGACGCGGGCGCGCUGCUACGGUGGGAUAAGGCCGACCCGACUCCGGCUGGGCACAUAGCGCUACUGGGCAUCCGGACUGUAAUUCUCUGCCUUAUUCUUGCGCAGGGGCGCGUCAUUGAGGAGCGCGCGCUGUAUGCCUUCCUCCGUCGUCUCAACCUCGAGCGACACACCGUGUUGCCAUGGAAGAGUCCCAACUCGCACUCUGCCACAAUCACACUCGAGCAGUUCAUGGACGUGCUUGCAAAGCAGAAUUACCUCGAGAAGACAAAACACAAACACGCGGGUGGCGAUGGACCAGCCGAGGAGAUUGAGUGGCGGUGGGGCUCGCGCGAGGCCGAGUUCUCGGAGAAGGCAGCUGCCGCGUUCAUUGAGAAGCUCUUCCUCGGUGACAGCGACGACGAGUCCGACUCCGAGGAGGAAGAAGCGGGGCCAUCACGCCAACGCAACGGUGACCACCAGUCGCCCUCGGAACGGCGCGCAGCAAGACGUGCCGCGAAGCGCAAGCGUAUCCACAACGACCUCGAGCGUGCCGCCGGUGGACCCCUCACUGGUGAACUGUAA